ACACUAAAAAAACUUGAUCUUGAAAAUGGUGGUGGUUCUCGUUCAUGUCAAUGGAACAAAAAAGACAUGACUUUUACUGAAGUUCAUUAUAUUCUUCUAGAAGUUUUCAAAUUAGAUGAUACUGAACUUGAAACAUCAUUGUACGACUUUGAACUUAAACCAUUGAACACUAGUCAAUAUCAAACAUUCGAUCAAUACAUCAAUCACAAUGGUUUAAAUCUCAAUAGCACGAUUAUUUAUUUGUGUACAAAUGAAAUUCAUGCUAGUAGAACAUCUACAUCUACACAUACAACAAGUUCAUCUGCAAUAUCUACUGCACAUAAAAAUAUUAAUAUUGAACAAGAUUUUAAUCAACAACAAAUUCAUCAUUCUUCAUCUGGUUAUUCAUUUGUAUAUGCAAUUAAUGAUAUAAUCAAACAUAUUCAUUAUUUAAUUAAUAAAAAUAUUUUCGAUGAAACUUUAAUAAAUGUUUUUGAAAAUAUUUAUAUGAUUCAUGGAUAUGUAAAUUUAUCUAUUGAUUCAUUAAAACACAAAAUGGAACAAUCAAAUCAACAUAUUCAAUUAAUUAAUCAAUCUGAUGUUAAUCUACAUUCGAAUAUUUUAAAUAAUACUUACGAUAUUUGUCAAUCAACACAUACUUUACUUAACAUGAUUAAGAAUAAAUAUGAUCAUACCGAACAUUAUUUAAUAAUUGUUGAUUCAUUUAAUCAAUUUUAUCAAAACUUAAAGCUAUUGAGCUAUGCAAGAGACUUAUUAAAUGCUAUGUAUGGUUCACGUUUAUCAACAUUUCGUAUUAUGGUUAAAUCAAUAAUCGUCGAAAUAGAAUCUAUACAAUCAAAUAUUAAUGUAUACAAUUUUGAAUCUUUACAUAAUGCAAGAAAUGUAAUGAUUUCGGUAAAAACUCGAUAUACAAAGAAAUUUAAACCGGAUGCUUUUGCAUCACCUGUAUAUCAAAUUACUCGACCAGUUAAACAAGCAUAUCAAAAAACAUUAACAGCAAUAUGUGAUUUAAUUACAUUUGUUACCAAUAAUCAAAUGCGAGCAAUUGAAGAUCAUAAAAAAAAUUCAAAUCAGUCAUCAACUUCCUUAUCGAUAACUGGUCGAAAACAAUGGAAAAAUAAACAACCAAACCGAUCACAUAAACGAAAAUUAGAAAAUUUACAUACUGAUAAUCAUAGUCAAAAUGAAAUCUCAUCAUAUUCAUCAUCUGAACAUGCAAGUUUACCGCAAUAUAUUGAUAAAGAAAAUAAACGAAAAUUUUACAAAUCGAACUAA